AUGACCGCCAAGUUGCUCGCAGACUUUGCUGUGAAUGUGGCGUCCCAGACCGUAGCUGAACAUUUGAAUGGCCGCAUGCUGUUCUCGCUAAAACAAAUUCAUCUGCAACCAGAUGCUGCUAAUUCGCUAACCAACAAACUCCUUCGUCGCGAGUUCCUUGAGAAACUUAUGCAGGCUACGGGCAUUGGAAAAUUUAUAGCGUACGUGGAUGAGAGCAAUGUAAACCUUUUUAUACGACGUACUCAUGGACGAGCCAAGGUGGGAAAUAGAGCUGUGGUGAGAUUGCCUUCCAGUAAAGGUGCCAAUGUGCACAUGAUAGGGGCCCUCACACAAAUGGGUUUGAUGAACUUCACGUGUCGUGGAGGGAAUUACAAGAUGGCUCAAUGCAAUGAUUGGCUCAAGCAGCUGCUUCAGGGAAUUGUGGCACAAGGCAUUCCUUCUACGAAUAUCGUUGUGGUGAUCGACAACGCUCCAUGUCACGCAAGAGCCAACGAGGCCGUAAUGGAUUUCCAGGGUGCUACAAUCCUCCGUUUAGCCCCAUAUUCUCCGAUACUUAACCCCAUUGAGGCUGCGUGGUCUGUUAUUAAGUCGGAACUGAAGAAGAGAAAAGCGGCUACUUUUCAGCAAGUCAUUGCAGGGAAUCACAAUGGUCUCACUCAGACCGAGUGGCGUAUUCGAUAUGUGGAGGAUCUCAUUGACAAAGCGCGCCUCAAAAUUACACCUCUCAUGUGCCUCCAAAAAGGUGUAGUCAUUAGUAAUAGUAAAAACAGUUUAGUGCAAUCUGACUUGGUUUUUUCAGUAGAUUUUUAUCCUAAAAUAGGUUACCCUGAUAUUGUAAGUUAUUUAAUGUUUGCUCCAUCUCCUAUAUCCGCUAAUGAACUUAAGUGCUAUAAAAGUUUGGAGUCAUAUAAUUUUUUCCUCUCUGGUUGGGUCAAGGAAAUCGGUUUAAAGUUAUUUGAUGAAAAAUGUUUGGUUAUUGGAAAGGUUUAUCAUUCUCAAAAGCAUAAAGAAACGGCAGCUUCAACAUGGAUUAUUUCUGAAAUGGAUGGUAAAGUAAUAUAUGCUCAUUGUAACUGCAUGGCUGGUCUCGGAGAGGCAUGUUCUCACAUUGGAGCAGUUUUAUUUUAUAUUGAUGCUGCUGUCAGAAUUCGUGAUUCUAAGACAGUUACAGAAAAAAAAGCAUAUUGGAUGCUUCCAUCUUCAAUCAAAGAUAUUCCAUAUGCAGAAUGCAUUGAUAUAGAUUUUACCUCCCCAAAUACUUUAAAACGAAAAUUUGAUGAAGAAAUAUUAAACGAAUCUACCUGUAGUGGAUUUCUAAAUGAUAAAAAAAGCGAUGCAUUAUCAAGUAGUUAUAAUUGCACUCCUCCAACUCAGAAUGAACUUGAUGCAUUUUUCAAUGAUCUGAGCCUCUGCAAGUCAAAGCCAGCUAUUUUGUCGAUUAUAUCCCCUUACAGUGUAGAUUACCAACCCUCAUCGUUAAAAUUGCAAUUUCCAAAAAUGUUGCGGGAACUUUAUGAUUCUUCAGCCUUAUCUCUUAGUUACCUAGAUUUAUGUAAACAAUGUGAAACUUUAAGUUUGUCUGUAUCGGAGGUUGAGCAGUUUAAUGUUGAGAAAGCUACAAGAGAGCAAGUUUUUUCAAAAAAAUGGUUUUAUUUUCGAGCAGGGAGAAUUACAGCAUCAAACAUGUAUAGUGUAUUACACACGCUUGAAGCCAUGCCUGCCUUAUCAUUAAUUAAAAAAAUUUGUUACCCUGAAAGUUACAAAGUUAGUUCAUGUCAAACUAAAUGGGGAAUAGACAAUGAAAAGAUUGCUUUAGCAAAAUAUUUUGAUAUUGUAAAACAUCAUCAUGUUAAUUUCAAAAUUAUAAAGUGUGGUUUUUUUAUAUCGACAGAGUAUCCUUUCAUAGGUGCUUCUCCAGAUGCUUUAAUAUCUUGUGAAUGCUGUGGUGAAGGAUGUGUUGAAAUUAAAAAUCCUGCUAACCAUAAAGACAAUUUUAUAUUAGAAGCUAUUGGUAAAGAUAAGACAUUUUGUAUACAAAUAAUGAACACUGAAAAAAAGCUUAAACAAACACACCCAUAUUACUUUCAAAUUCAAACUCAGUUGCAUACAUGUAAAAAAAAGUUUUGUGAUUUUUUUGUAAAUACAUCUAAAGAUUAUCACUUAGAAAGAGUUUAUCCAGAUAAUUCUAUAUGGACAGCCUGCGUUACUAAGUGUCAGCAAGUAUUUAGCAGUUCUAUCUUGCCAGAAUUAGUUGGUAAAUUUUUUACAAGAGAUACCAAAAAUAUGGAUUUUGACUUUAUUGAUGAUCACAGUUUAUAUUGUUAUUGUAAUGGCAAUGAAAAUGGUGAGUUAUUUCCUUGUGCAGGAAAGAGUUGCAAAAUUAAACUUUUUCACUUGGUAUGCCUAAAAUUGAAUAAUAAACCAAAAAAGAAUUGGCUGUGUCCUGAUUGUCAUAAAAAAAAUAUUUAGUAUCUAAAUGUGAGCAUUGAUUUAAAUACUUGUAAUAAAAUACUUUAUUUACUUAUUUUAAAUUUUUUUUAUAUGAUGUUUCAGUCUGAUUAACUCAGACGAUCAUCAAACGUAAUAAUUUAUAAAUAAAAAAAUAAUUUUUUUAAUUUUAUGUCUGAUGAUGGUAUGAACUAAUUAGUCUGAAAUAUUACGUGAAUAAAUUAAAAAUUAGUACUUA